UAUUGUCAUUCUAAGUGCUGACGCGAAGACGCCAGGGUAACCGAGCGCCAGCGUACUCGUCUGUCGUCUCUCUCCCCCCGACGAAUGGCGACGCAGCGGCGCGGCGCCUCCGGCCGGCCGUCGGGCACGGACGGCUCCGAUUUCUCCUACCGCAUGGUCGUCGACUCCCGGUACCAGAGGGUCGCCGAGGGCAGAUCCCGCCUCGCGCGCCUCAUCCUUGUGCAGGCACUGCACCAGGUAGCCGGCGACGCGCUGCUGCUGCUAUCACUGUCCAAGGGGAAGGAGGUGAACAAGUUCGCCGCGCUGUCUGCGGCGGCGGGACUGCUGGCUAUAGUGGUGGGGGAAUUAGGGCGAAGGCGGACUAUGGCAGUGCUGCUUCGGCUUUACACGAGCUUGUCAUCAAUUGCCGUUGCAUUCUCUGUGACGUGCAUUAUCCGCUCAGAAUUGUUCUUGAAGUUUAUGAAGCAAAACACAGAAGCAAUCACAAGCUAUGAAAUGUUUGAUGCUGUUCGUGUUGCUCUUGGUAUCCUGCUGCAAAUGGUGGUCAUAGCUACAACUACCAGACUUCUGCAGAAUAUGUCUCCUCCCAGGAGAGCUUCAUGAAUGCUAUGAUAUUGUAGCUAUGUGCUUGACCAUUAGAAACGAUACAAAACUUCGAGUUAAAUAUAUGUUGAGAUCAAUAGACUUGUAACGAGGCAGCUGGUGUACAACCUUCUCAGCAAUCAUGAGUUUCUUGUUCUCCUUUUACUUCUUCCUUGCAGCUGGAUCUGGAAAAUUCAUAGUGAUCGAUGCACUUCUUUUUUUUGCAAGCUAGAAGGCUAAUGAAACAUCUCUGCGGAUCAACUCAGCAA